AUGUGGACUCUCUUGCUGGUCCUUCUCGCCCCUCCCAGCCUUGGCAUGCGUGAUUGGGGAGGUGCCGCCAUCACCCGACUGACGGCGCAUCUCAGAGGAGCUUUCUCGGAUGAUGACACUAACAUGCACGAGCUUGGCACUUUGCAUGGAUUGGAGGACCUUGAGAAUCUGCGAGCUGGGGUCGCAUCUGCCCUUAGCAGUCCGUAUUCGAUCGUCAACUUCUCAACGCCAGCGUGGGAGAUUCCGAUGGACAUGUCGGAGGAUCCGCCCUAUGCUGAUGCCUUUCGAAAGCUGAACUCCAGCUAUGCCCAGUACGGAGCAACGCAGAACAGUAUCUACAUCUCCUCGAACUCUGGGAAGUUCAUGGAUGGAGUUCGGACUUUGGAGCAGACCGAUGGCUCCAGCGAGCACGCGGCUCUGGGUUUUGGCGGUACCAGGGUGUCAGCGGCAGAAAUGCAGGACAAUGCUGCCACGAAGCACUUGGUUGUGCAAGCAAGCUACCCUGGCGGCCCGGGAUACUUCGGACAUGCAAUAGACAACGUUUUUCCAAGAGUGCUGAGCGUCUUCCCGGGCGCCAAAAGUGCUGGCUAUAAGCUUUCCGUGGUUGUUCCGAAGACGUCUCGCGAGUUUUUCAGUCACAACACCCAAGUCCUCUUUGAGCAGAUGGGUGUGGAAGUGCUUGAAGAGAUCCCUAAGACCCCUCACCGGAUGGCUGGCGUGACAAAUGUUGCAUCUUGGGAUCGACUCGUGCGACACAAUACUCGGAACGUCAUCCGCGAUGAACUCUUCCGGGGCUUGACUCCAGCUGCUUGCUCGGGCGGCACGGAAGAUGGAGCAUCACAAGGUGGCUGGUCCAAGGUCUUCCUGUCUCGGCGCAGCGGCACCCGAAAUGGUCGCUCUGUCGAGGGCGAGGAGCUCUUGGAAGCGAAGCUGCUGCUCGGACGUGAUUUGAGCAAGGAAGCUUUACACAUCGACGUGCUGCUUGGCUGGCUUCGCCGGAACAGCGCUGUUGUGACGCCCUCGAGUUUUGAAAAAGUUCUGACUUGCGAGACUGCACAAAAUUUGCUACGUCGCUUCGCAGUGCUGUUCGGAGCUUGCGCGGCGCUGGGCGAUGCAUCAGACUGCUUAGACAUGAGCAGCAACCCUGAAUACGACGACAGCUAUGAAUCGAAGCUGAUGUCCAGCGACUCCUUUAUUCAGAGAUGUUGCAAGGAAUCUGGUCUUCCUCCCGGAUGGAGCAAAACUCGUCGAAUCACGACUGCAGUCAGCGGUGAAUCAGACACUUUGGGGCAGGCGGCACAUGCUGAUGCCACACUUUAUGUCCAGCAUGCUAAGGAGUACAAUCCCACAGGUUUGUAUGCUGACUACUGGGAAUGGGCGCAUGCUCUGAACAUGAGCUGCCCAGACUGCAUUGUCGUUUUAUGCUACGUUCACACCGUGCCGGAGAAGCUGACAAGCUUGCCGAGCUCGCUGCGUAGCACAUGCGAAAGCAAAAGAAGCCGCUAUCGGAAAGCUCUGCUGAGGGCUUGA